CGAUACGCGAUACCAUAUCGAUUCGUAGUAAAAGAUAACACGAUAACAAGUACCGAAUAAUGCACCUAAUAUUAGUAUAGUAACCUGAAUUUUUUGGCAUCACGAUGAGUGCAAUUAAAAACUAUUUUAAAGAAGAAGCGAAAGUGCAGAUGUUAGUGCUAGGGCAUCCCAAGUCGUCGGACUUUUACCUCAGUGUUUGGCAAACUACUCGGUCGCCGGUCCCACUUCUCAUUUGGCGGUCGUUUCUAUUUCUAGUUUCACUAGGAGUAGUACUCGCGUCUUUGAUUUUGUACAUAUUGGCGUCUAAAGCAGGAUAUUGGUUUAUUUACCUUACACAUUGGGGUCUUACGAUAAACACAUUUGCCACUGGAUUUGCUGUUGCUGUGUCUGCGCGCUGCUAUCUCUAUGGACCAAUAAGCGGCGAGUUCCUAUUACCAUGGUACGUGAAGACCUACUGGGUGUUUUACAACUCGGCCAUUCCCCUUGCAUUCCUCAUCACCAUAUUUUACUGGACUGUACUGUAUGGAUUGCACGAAGAAGAAGAGUUGAACCAUGCGCUCGACGUGUCAGUUCACGGCGUGAACUCGCUAGUGAUGUUCGGGCUCCUCAUCAGUGCAUCCCAACCUUCGCGAAUGUGGCACAUCUACCAGCCACUCCAGUUCGCCAUUCUCUAUGUUAUCUUCAGCGCGAUUUAUUAUGCUGCUGGUGGGGUUGAUGUGAGCGGCAACAGAUGGAUAUACUCCGUUAUAGACUGGUCAUCGCCAGGCUUGACUAUAGGCAUCGUAGCGAUGACAGGCCUCCUCCUAGCGGUGUUACACUUCGUGGUGAUGGGGUUGGCCGUGGCACGGGACGCGCUGGCUUCCAAGUUGUUCCAUGAUUCGGUCACAGUGCAUGGGGCGGAGGGAGUUCCAUUAAGGAGAAGACCGAGUCAAACACGGACCUCUAAUGCAUAGAUGACAUGAUAUUAACGUUGCACAUUGGUCAACAUUACUUGUUUCACGUACUUGUAAGUAAU